AACAUGAAAGUGUUAUAAAAAAAGGGGGAAAUUUUUUUAGAGGAACGAGGCGGUGGAUGAAGAAGGAUCGGCGUGCUUGAAUUCUUUCGGCCGCCGAUAGAAUCCAAGGUCCGUUGCUCGAUAAUUCUUCGUCCCAGACCGAAGCUUAUUUUUCCCCCUUUUUUUCCUGUGGAAAAAUUCUCUCGAUUUCGCAGACGAUUUCCGAUUUCAUUCUCUUUUGUUGAGAGAUUGGUAGAAGACGAAGAAGAAGAAGAGAAGUUGCGCGUAUGGGGAAAAUGUUCUGUAGACUUGCUUUGGUGUCGAAGAAGAAGAAGAGUGGAGCAGUGCCGGUUUAUUUGAACGUCUAUGAUCUGACGCCGAUCAAUGGCUACGCGUAUUGGUUCGGUCUCGGGGUCUACCAUUCGGGCGUGCAAGUUCAUGGAGUUGAAUAUGCGUUUGGAGCACAUGAUCAUGCAACUUCAGGGAUAUUUGAGGUAGAACCAAGACAAUGUCCUGGUUUUACAUUUAGGAAAUCAAUUUGCAUAGGACGAACGAAUCUCGGUCCAAAAGAGGUUCGAUCGUUUAUGGAGAAACUAGCCGAAGAGUACUCUGGCAACACAUAUCAUUUGAUAACAAAAAAUUGCAACCACUUUUGCAACGAUGUGUGCGUAAGGUUGGCAGGAAAACCAAUCCCUAGCUGGGUCAACCGUCUUGCCCGACUUGGUCUUUUCUGCAACUGUGUUCUUCCAGCGAGUUUGAACGAAGCUAAGGUUCGGCAAGUGAGACCAGGAGGUAGGAUUAGCCAAGGUGUAAAGAAGCAAUUGAGAAGCAACCCGCAUAGCGAAGGUGUAAAGAAGCAAUUGAGAAGCAACCCGCAUAGCGAAGGUGUAAAGAAGCAAUUGAGAAGCAACCCAGCUAGCGAAGGUGUAAAAAAGCAAUUGAGAAGCAACUCAAGUAGGCAUAAUAACGAAUCUCCUUCCAACUCUUCACCACCAACAUUGUCAUCCAAUCCUCCAAGUUCAUCAACCAUCAAAGUUGUCAAUAAUGGGAGUGACAGGGGUUUUGGACCUUGUGGUAUCACCUACUAUGAGUAUUUAGGUUCAAAUCCUGUGUUGACUAAAUGUAUAGGUUGACAAUAAAUUGGGAUUUAUAAAGCCAAGGGAUCGAAAUGUUUGAAGGUGUGUAAUUCAUAUUUGAGUUGAGCAAAAGAAAUUGUUCUACAAUGCUGAAACUUGAAUUUGUGUUGCUGGUAUUGAGUGCAUAAGAUGGGGAUGAGAUCGAAAUCACAACCGGAGUGCCUAAGGUUACGAUGGUAAAGUCUUUUAUGUUAUAUAAAAAUGAGUUUAAAUAGCUCAUGGAAUCAUACGAUUCAAAUAUAAACAUAAGUUCGAUGUUUUAGUCAUAAUUCAAUUAUAUAUGUAAGGGAAAAGUAGAGGUAGAAGAUUUCUUUUUUCCCCUCAACUUCUUAAUCUUUGGUUAUUUAACG